AUGUCCGCAUCUCCAGGAGCCCACGCAAUUGGUAGCGUCCACCCUCGGUUGGAGCUCCGUACCUUGCAGAACAACAAGGACCUAUGGAAUCUUUACCUGUUGGGGUUGGUCAGAAUGCAAGCUGUUCCGCAGGAUGAUAAGCUUUCCUGGUAUCAGAUCGGGAGUAUACACGGCAUGCCAUUCACUCCCUGGGACGGAGUGGAAUCUAUCGCAUAUCAUGAAACCGGGUACUGUGUGCAUAGCUCAAAUCUCUUCCUGUCAUGGCACAGGCCGUACGUUGCUCUCUACGAGCAAGUCCUACAAAGCCAUGUUCUUGCUGCUGCCAGGGACUGGCCACCUGGGCCAGACCGCGACAGAUACGUUGCUGCGGCGCAGACUUUCAGGGCGCCCUACUGGGACUGGGCAAUAUAUCCCCCAAGCGGCCAGAACAACACUCCUCCAUUCAUGACGGACGAGACAAUCAAAGUGGUCCGGCCCAACGGCAGUGCAGAGAUCCCAAACCCCCUCUACUCGUACACUUUCCAUCCGUUCGAUGGAGCCAUCCUAAAUGACAGUAGAGUACAUCAGUUCGCCGAAUACCGGAGCACGAUGCGGUAUCCCACAGACCUUACGGCAAAAGCGUCCAGCCAAAACACAGGUGUGCAAAAGAACAUGCGAGAUCUUCGCAUCCAGCUACGUAACGCGCUGUACGACAUCUUCAUAAACUACGACAAUCUCACGCUCGUCGGCAACAUGGCCUCCUACCACCCGGACAAAUACCAAAGUAUCGAGGCUAUCCACGGCUGGGUCCACAACUAUGUCGGAGGCAAAUUCGGAAAUAUGCUGAACGUUCCCUGGUCUGCGUAUGAUCCGUCGUUCAUGCUUCACCAUGUGAUGGUCGACAGGAUAUUCGCCAUGUGGCAGAUGCUGUAUCCGAACAGCUACGUCGUGCCAGAGAAGCAGGACUACGCCACCUAUAUGAUCCAGCAAGGCUCGAUACAAGAUAAGAAUUCACCCCUGGCGCCCUUCCACUCCAACACCAAAGGCGACUUCUGGACGUCCGAGGGCGUGCGGAACGUCAGUUCGCUAUUCUACACCUACCCGGAGCUGCAACUGCGGGAUAUCUGGGCUCUCAAGACGCGGAUAAACGCGCUCUACGGGGCGCCCACAAUCGGGCACCACACGAAGCGGGACACGGGGGCGGACGAGGAGCUCAACACGACAGCGACGACAACAACAACGACGGUGCUCGGCGUCGAGACAUUCAUGCCCGUGCAGCCCGGCCAGGUCGACCCCGUCGCCGCGCAGCAGAACCUGCCGCGCUUCGAGUACGUCGUCAACUUCAAGCUGGACAGGACGGCGCUCGACGGCUCCGGCUCGCUGUACUUCUUCCUUGGCAACCAUAGCGAGAACCCCGAUGACUGGAAGCAGGAGCCCAAUCUUGCGGGCGUCGCGGGGCUGUUUGUUGGUGCUAAGGCGUUGCCGGGUGAUGUUGGUUCGAGCAUCUAUGGCUCCGUGCCGCUGACGAGCGUCAUUGAGGAGCGAGUGGCCAACCACGCCUUGAGCUGCAUGUAUCCUUACGAGGUUGACCCGUUCUUGACCAAGAGCCUUACCUGGGCCAUGACGAGGGCUGAUGGCACUGCUAUCGCUCCUGAGGACGUUGCCGGGCUCGAGGUCUCUGUUGCUGCUGUCCAGUACAGAUCCGCGCUGUCCGAAUGCGAGUUCCCAGAGCGCGUCAGCCCGUACAUGACGCUCCGAGCCGUGACGAACGGCAAGCCCGGCGGGCUCAGCACCGACGAGGCCGUGUAA